AAACCUCACUACAACAUUCAAAUUUGGGGCUGAAAACACUCAGUUGCUUGGAAAGCAGGAGCUGAGCACUGACAUCCAUCUUUGGGACUUUAUUUUUCUUUUCUACUAACAGAUCAAAAUUCCUGCUUUGAUUCUUGCCAUUUUUUGUGGGACAAGCAACCGGAAAAAAGUGACAAGUACGGCAAUUGGUUUUAAUUUAACAAACUUUGUGUCAUUAUCACUAGGUGGUCUUUGCUGGAAUGAAUAUAUCUGAGUCUAGUUAUUGUCCAGAGGCCAGCACUCAGCCCAGCCAGGUUGUGGAGUGUGGAGCAUGGGUCACUUCGUCAUCUUCCAGCCCAGUAGGUCCUGAGCGGAGCCGCAGGUUUGAUCAUGAAGCAGGUGGUGGAGUGAAGGAGAGAAGAACAGGAAGCCCGGAUUCAAGCCAAGCUAGUGAAGGAAAGUGUGGAGCUGAGCCGAGGAUCCGCAGGCCCAUGAAUGCCUUUAUGGUGUGGGCUAAGGAUGAACGCAAGCGAUUGGCAUUGCAGAAUCCAGAUCUGCACAACGCUGUGCUAAGCAAGAUGCUAGGCCAGUCCUGGAAGGCUCUGAGUACGCUGGAUAAACGUCCGUUCGUAGAGGAAGCCGAACGUCUCCGACUGCAACAUCUCCAUGACCAUCCUAACUAUAAAUAUCGGCCUCGGCGCAAAAAGCAACCCAAAAAGAUGAAGCGUGUAGAGCCUGGUCUGCUUCUUCAUGGUCUGGGUGGAUGCUCUGGGAAUGGAGAUGCCUACCCCCAACACCCUCAUCCCCACCACCUAGGCAUGGCACCUUUGGGUCAUUUCCGUGAUCUUCAUCCAGGAUCUGUUGCACAGGAUCUGGAGAUCUAUGGCCUUCCCACACCUGAGAUGUCUCCUCUGGAUGUGCUGGAGGAGGGCAGUGGAGACUCUGUCUUCUUUCCCCAUCACAUGCAGGAUGAUGUGGGCUUGGCACCUUGGGUCAACUACCAACAGCACCAACAGCAAAGCCAAAGUCACCAUGUUAACCACCAUCCCCUGAAUAUGCACUCUCUUCACCAGUCCCACCCACACCACAACCAGAAACCUGCACCAGGUUGCCGCUCCAUGCAUGAGAAAUGCCCUGACCCUACGAACCCUCACAAUCUCUUCCCUUCGCAUUCCAGUUUAAGUCUUCCAGAACAGGCCAAGGUCCCUCAACCAUCUAGUGUUUACUACGGGCAAAUUUAUGGAAACAACCCACAACAGCCUUUCACCUCUCAACUUGGCCAACUUUCUCCCCCUCCAGAAUCUUCCACCCCAGUUCCUACUCCCUCUGCCCCCCAGGUUCCACCGCCUUCCCUGGACAAUAAUGACCAGCUAGGACCUUCAGCAGAUUUCUGGAGCGAAUUGGACCAUAAUGAGUUUGAGCAGUAUUUGAGUGCCAGCAGGACUAGAAUAAACAGGAGCAGUGCAUGUGAAGAGAGCAGCACUCUCAUAUCAGCCCUGUCUGAUGCCAGCAACGCUGUCUAUUACAGCGCCUGUAUUACUGGAUAAAGACUUAUUUCUAGCAAAUGCUAGUUUUAAAAUCAGGUGUAAAUGAUUAUUUUUUUUGUACAAGAUUAUCAGUUUAUUUGAUCAACUGUGGUGGCCUGAUUCAAUUUAGUUUUCAUCCUAAGAUGUCAAGACUCAUUUCAAAUGUUUAGGAAAUUGAAUAUUUAGAUGUUGUGGAAGAAUACGUGUAUAUUAAAAGCUACAGAAACAGCUUUAUGAAAUAGUUCCCAAGGCCGUAGUCAGUUUGUCAACAAUUUGACCAAAUAUAUCAGUCACAGCAAUGUUCGUAUCAAAUGAGGCUCCAAAAGCAGGGACAAUAAGAAUGUGAAUGUUUCAUUUUCUCAGAGGGUUUUGUAUUUUCAUAUUUGUUUUUUUUUAUAUAUAUAUAUCUAUAAUUUUUUUUAUAUAAUUGUUAAAAAAUGUAUUAUGUUUGCACUGGGUCAGAAUGUUUUGAACUGUAUGAGAAACCACUCCAAACGUCUUAAUUCUGCACUUGAUGUCUCUUAAGCAAAUGUUCAUGAAAGAGACCGCAAAAAUCAUCUCUGGAAUUUGGAUCUCUUGAAGACUGUAAUUUAUUGUGUAUUUUCUUUCCAUAUGACUGAAAAGGUCAUUCAGUAUAUAUGUAUUUUAUUAAUCCUCUAUAAAUGUAUUCCGUAAUCCUCUGAGUCAGCAACUGAGAGACAUGUUGAGUAAUAACUUUCCAGCUUUUGGUAGUAAUUAUCUUCAAAUAGAAGUGUUUUCAAUAAAAAAAUGUCUUUCAGCCAUUAAAUCAAAGCAAGUAAUUGAAAACACACAAUUCAUUUUAUAGAAUCAUUUUCCCACACUGAAGAGGACAUAUGCAUUUUGAUUUUAUACAUGUGAUUUUAGUCUUGUUUUUCAGUCUUGUUCUUCAAAAUGCAUUUGUAUUGCACAGCCACACAUUUCACUGAGUAUUUUUCAAAAAUAAAGGCUUAAAACAUGA